AUGAAAUUUGUGUGCUAUCCUCACAAACCAGGCGUUCAGCAGCGAACUGAAAGUUGUGAUUAUGCAUUGAAAAUGCAAGAAGGUUCUAUACUCUGUCUGACCGAUGAGUAUGUGGCUGGUUUGGCAAGUGAGGAUUACGCACAAGUAAUGAAAAAUAUCAGAUUGAGUGGAGAACACAAGUGUCAGUUGGCUCGGGAUGCACUGGAAGACACGGCAAAAGACAUAACAUUUGCGAAAAAAGACUUUACAUCCAUUAUUACUGAUCUCAAGAUAACCCAAGAAGAUUUGAAAAUUACGCUUGGCCAAAUCAAACGAUUUCGAAAGUAUUUGCAAACCCAAGUUGUUUCGGUGUUGGAUAACCCACAUAGGAAGUUAGAAGCACGCGAUGCGUUCAUGCGUUAUCAUAAAAGAAUUCUAAAAGAUUUGGAUAGUACGACAGAGAAGCUGAAAACGGCAAAUAUCAACCUCUCGGCUAGGUACAAAGACUUGGUCAGAAGUAUUCACGAAUUUGAAGCAAGUGGAGAAGUCAUCCACGCAAUCGAUGCGGAAGAACUCCGCAUUCAGUCGAAAACUGCCGCCGCAGAGAUGGCUACCCAGUACUUACAACACGGUUGGUUGAAGGCGGUUUGCGCUCGGACAACUCGAGCUCUUGAGAGAUCACGGGCUACUCUCUCGAAUGAAAUCCGGAUGACUGCAGAAAUGAGCCGAAGGCUAAAGAGCUUAGAUGAACAGAACGCAAACAUCCGUGAUGAGAUCGACAGGUUACGAGACUCCCAAACCGUAUUACAAAGACAACUGGAUUACAGAAAAGCUGCCACCCAGAAUUACAAACUUCCUACCAUCGGAGAUUGGGUAGAGCUGUAUAUCACAAACCGGACGGUAGACAAAAAGGUUCAAAUUCAGGCUACAGACCUGAAGAAUGCCAAGUCUAGCUAUGAGCGUCACAAACAAUUGUGGGCCCAAGUAAAGCGAGGCAUCUGA